GGUUUGCGUACCCGUGGUGGGUGAUUUUAAGACUCGUCGGAUCUGUGGAAUUGGUUUAGGGUUUCGAAUUGGACUGGAGUCAAUUUUUAUUCUUGCGCUCUGCCAUACAAAAGAUGGGAAUUAAACGUCCUUUAGAAGCGGAAAAUUUCUCUGAGAACACUUUUAAGCAACAUAAACAGCUGGACUGCACCUCAAACCAUACCUUGAAUACAGAAGAAUCUCAAGUAACUUGGGAAAUUGGUUCUGCAGGUGAAGGAAAGAGCAACAUUUGUGAGUUGCAGUUUUAUGGACAGCUUGACCGAGCUGAUGCUGAUAUAGCUGAUAAAGAUAUGGAGGCUAGUGCCCCUUUAUCUUUGGUCACCAGCAGUAGUAGUGAGGAAGAUGCUGGAGAUGGGAAUACCUCUUUCCCAUCUUACAUUCCCGAAUAUACUGAUUCCAAUGAGCCGAGUCGGCCGCCCAAAAAGUUUGAGGAUCCAUUUGUAAACUGGUUGAACUGUUACCCCAGGAAAGUAGUUCCUGUUGGACCUGAACAUCAAGCUGUAGUUUCACCUUGGGAUCCAGACAAGAGUGUGAAAGAACCUUCAUGUUCUAGUGGCAUUGCAGAACAACAUUUAGAGAAAAAAUUAAUGGGAACUUGUAUAAUUCAAAUGCCUGAGUUAAAUGAUUCGACUGCUGAUGGAAUCAAAGCUGGAAAGGGCAGAACCGAUUGUGGCUGCAUGGACAAGCUAUCCAUGAGAUGUGUACAGCAACACAUAAAGGAAGCAAGGGAAAGGUUACGUGAGACCAUUGGGUACAAGAAUUUCACAGAGUUGGGAUUCUACGAAAUGGGAGAUGUGGUAGCCUGCAAAUGGACCCCAGGUGAAGAACGAAUCUUUAACAAAGUUGUUUUCUCUAACCCCGUCUCACAGGGUAGAAAAUUUUGGAAGACCCUUAGAGCUGUAUUCCCAACUCGGUCACAGAGGGAGCUUGUCAGUUAUUACUUCAAUGUGUUCAUGCUCCACAAGCGGGCUGUUCAAAACAGGGCAUAUAUGUCAAAGAUAGAUAGCGAUGAUGAUGAGGAGGAGCCAAAAGUUGUCAAUGGAAACUUUCACCUGAAUGGAUCUUAUUUAUCAGAGACAGAUAGUGAGGAUAAUGGUGAUGACGAGGAGGACGAGCCACUGGGGGCCCAUGCAGAUUUCCCCUUAAAUGGGUCUUAUUCGUUGGGUCCAGAUGCCGAUAUUGAGAAUCCUCAUACUCUUACAGGGGAAUACUAUCUAGCUGGAGAAGAGGAUUUAUCCACAGUUGAGUCUUUGGAUGAUCAAGAAUUGGAUACAAGCUGGGUGGAUGAGUUUUGGUCAGAACCUGAAAAUAACAGUGGGGAUAAGGGUAGCAGCAAUUGAAGCCAUGGAAGAAACCAAGAAAUUGGAUGAUGGCAGUAUUGCAUUGCAUACCCUUUUUUUUUUUUUUUUUUUUCAAUUCUGAAGCUUAUCCUCCUUACAUUAUUGUGUAAAAGCAGACAUCUAAUGAUAUGGAAAAGGAGAAAAAAAUUGAAAACCUGUGCCUGGUUUCACUGCAGUUAAUAUAAUCUAAUUGAAGCAGUAGAUUUAUUUAUGUUCAUGGGGAAAUCCUGUGUGUUGCCUCUAUU